AUGACUUCCUGGCACGAGAAGGAAGAAGGGGCCAGCCGACAACAAGCGCUCAAACGGAACCACAAGCCACCAACCAAUGGGGCGGGAGGUGGGCAGGAGGCGGGCGAGACGGCGAGGGAGGAAAGCAAACGAGAAGAGACGGACCGAGUGGCGCAAUACGUGCCGGAUUGAAUUUCUGCGAGCCAAUUUCCCCCCCCCCCAACGCUGCACCAUUGCACCAACCCCCCACUAGUGAUGACGUACCAUUACAAUGUAUCGCUGGUUGGUGACCAUGUUUGCGUGUUUGCUUGUCGUUAGUGGUCUCUCCACCGUGUGCCUUUUUCUGUCUCGUAUUUCUUGUUAUUUUCGGCCUGGUCCCUUUUUGUCCUAGCUCUUUUUCAUUCUAUUUUCUCUUUCUGUAAUAGUCGUUUCGGUGGCUACACAGGUGGCCAUAUCUCGGCGAGUGCAGAGGUACAAGCUCGCAUUGCGCGGGCGUCAAGACGCCGAAAACAGGCGAACAAGAUCGACCUCGGACCAGUCAACGCCAAUGAUAUGGGGAUGGAGUGUAGACGCAUCGUAGAACGCGUUUUCGUUUGAAGUUGACGUCUUGUUUGAGAGUAGAUGUGACAGAUUUGCGUAGAAUAGGGUAAGAUGUUAUCAUGAACGGAGAUGAAAGGGCUUUUCCAACACGGAGAUGUAGCAUGGAUCAAAGCAUUUGUUGGAUUUCAGCUUUUACAAGCGGACAUCAACGCAGUAGUAUUUUAGCAAGCUUACGAACGCAUAUAGGAUACCAUCAGGAUU